GGGAGAUGUGCUGGGCAGGCGCAGAGUACCGGCGUGCACGCGCGCAUGAUUCAGCAGCUGCUCGCCGGCGCUUCGACCCGCGCGCGGGCACGCGAAUUACCGCGCACCGGUCACCGGGGCCGGGCGUGCGCGGACGUUUUUCUUCCGCCACCGGGAGAGCGACACACACCGCGUCCUUUGUCGCACUUGCGGAGGAGUGACGUCAGCGACAGCCCCGCCAUUUCCGCAUCCUUGGCGCGGCGCGCGGACAGGCGCUGAAGAAUCUCAUGAUGCGUUGAUAAAAGAUCUUCUCGGCGCCCGGCGUCAGACGCUCACUUCCUGCUCCGUCUCGCCGCUCGACGGCGAUGAAGAUGAUGGUGAUGAAGAUGAUCUAAGAGGUUUUGAUUUGUCCAAUCAACACUUUCCUUUUCACCAAGUCAGUGCAGCUCUUGCUCAGCAGGUGGUCUAUGUCUAGGUCCGCCCCCGACAUGCCCACCAUGGUGUCCAGGUUGCCUAAAUUUGCUCCGUGGUCCAAAAGCGGCGCCGCCCCCGCCUCCCCGACGGCUCCUCCCACCAGCUCUGGCCAGCAGGGGGCCAGCAGCGCCUCCGUGAGACGGACACGGUCCAUCCGCACACCCACGGACUAUUCCACCAUGUGGAGGAAAGACCGCGGGGUCACGGAAGGGGGCGGGAUUGACAAGGAGGGGGCGGGGUCAAGGGGUGUCGAUGUCAAGCACAAUCUGAACAGAACCGCUCCCAAUUCUCCGGUGGACUCAAAGAAGUCCUCGUGUCCUGUGAAGGAGUCCAACAAGUCUCAAGCACUUCCUGUUUCUAAAAGUGGACUUCCUGUUUCCAAGCGGAAGCCAAGCGGGUCCACCCCGACCAAACUUCAUGCUCUUCCUGGGUCCAAACUUCCAAGCAGACUCAGCAGCUCUGUGAGGCCCCACCGGUGGUCCACUGGUUCUAGUGCGACCACACCAGCACCUGGUUCUGGUUCUAGAACUGGUUCCUCCCUCCCUGCCGCUCUGCCAGCCACCCGCUCGCUCUCCACCGGCAACCUCGGGUCGGCGCCACCGUCCCGCCUCGCCACAAACGACCGCUUGCGCUCACGUAGCCUGAUGGCGGUCCAGCGGCGUCCCUCCCCCUCCCCCUCCCCCUCUACUAACACCACCGCCAAGCAGCCCGUCACUUCCUGUGCUCCACCUUCUGCUCAGGUGUCAGAGGGCGGGGGUCGGUGCCAGGCUCUCAAAGCAACCCCUUCUGCCUCAAAGAAGCCCCUCCUACCUGGGCUCAGCCCCGCCCCCAAGUUUAAUGGCAUCAGCUACAAGCUGUCACGGCCAUCGCUCAUUAAGAUGCCCCGCCCCCUCCGAGCGACCCCCGUACACAAGUCUCUGACGGACCCUGAAGUGGGCCGAGGAUCCUCAGUGGGGACAGCGUCCUCCACAGGAAGUAGUCCAGAGAGCCCUCCAGAGGGCCCAGAGUCUGAGGGUCUUCCGUCCCAGAAGGAGAUGUCUAUUCUGGGGGAGACGAUGGAGGAGAUGUCCCUGUCGUCCAGCUCGUCUCUGGACCAGAACCACACCAGUCAGGAGUACAUGGACGACUUUGACGACCUGGGAAACGGAGGUUUGGGCGUCGUCCUGCUCGCCAAAAACGACGAAGACGACUCCGGUCUGGACCGGACGUGUACCGCCUUCCGUGACCACGGUGUGGCGGUCAACGGCGUCACCGAGGCGACAGAACUGAACUUUUUGGACCAGACUUUGGACUGGACUGUCAGGGCUGGUGAAGGACAGAACCAGCUGGGUCCUUUCAGUCAGCUGGAGUCCCAGGAGCAGGGUUGCUCGUCCCUGGACUUGUCGCCCUCAGACAGCUAUGGUUCUGGCGGCAUCUACAUGUGGGACGAGGAGGGUUUGGAGCCGCUGGGGGGCGCCGCCAUGGACUGCGGCGUGGCGCGGCGUGUCAGCAGCUUCGACUCGGACGCCAACGGCAGCGACGUGCUGACCAACCUGGACUCUUGUGACUUGGACGACGACGACCUCAUGCUGGACGGAGACUCUCCCGAGGACGCGUCCCUGCGCGACGGUGCCCUAACGUGUGAAGACGGGGUGUCCCGCAUGGCCGAGUGGAGGCGGAGACAGCUGUGCUGGGGGACGCAGGAAGUCCACGAUGACGACGACGACAGCGAGCCAGAACGCUACAGGCCGAGCCAGGAGGACGCGGGCGGAGACGUGGUCCUCGGUCUUCACAGGCCUGCAGUGGAGGAGCUGCUGGGAGACUUUGGCGCCGUCAGGUCACAGCUGGAAGUCCUGAGGAGGUUACUACUGCAGGACCAGGACCAGGACCAGGACCAGGACCACACACUGACCACUGACACGCUGAGCCCUCAAGGUGCCCACCAAUCACAGGUUCUGCUGCAGGAGGUGCAGCAGCUGAAGGAGGAGCUGAGGAACAAAGAUGUCAUCAUCUCACAUCUCACACAGCAGCUGCAGGCUGUUGCCGCGGCAACCAGCAGGUGUCGCUGCCAGAAAGCAUGUGUCAGGUUGGAGCGACACACGCAGACAAGCAUGGCGGCGAAGGAGUGUGUCGCCUCGCAGACCACCUGGAGGGUGGCCCCCCCUGUCGCCUUCCUGUCUCCUCCCUGGCAGUACCAACGUUCCACACCAUACAGGGGGAGACCCCGGCCCAGCAUCCCCCCUCACCUCGCCAGGAAGAAUGGCGGCCCCGCGUCUCGUCAGCACCAGUAUGUUGUAGCGCUGCAUGCUGCUACCCUUACAACAUGUCUAGGGGUGUCUGUGCCAGGCUGCAACACUGUGAGCGUCCAGCAGAUGUCAGUGUGGACCAGAGGGAGAUCUUCUCUUCUUCCACGUCUGACAGCUUUUGAUGAGGAGGCUGAAAAACUGCUGGAUUUACGUCGCGAUCGCAAUUUUAUUUUCAUCCAUCUCAAUAUAAAAAAUGAUUAGAAAAAAGUUUAUUAAGAAAUAUUAAAAAAAUACGUUUUAGGACCAGAGGGAUUUUUAUUUUAUUUUAUUAUUAUUAUUUUUUAAAUCUGAAACCUGUUUUGAAAAAGUUUCAUUCAGAUGAUUGGACCAAAUAAUUCUUUGCAAGAACUGGUUCUGAAGGGAAUCAUCACCCAGGAAUCAAAUAGAACUGUUAAAGUCACACCCCUAAAAACCACACAUCCACCUAUUGGGACUUUCUUUAGCUCAAUCCUGCUCCAUUUUUUUUCUCACGCCCCCCCUUGGGGGUCAUACUUUUAUUUUCACGCCCCCCCCCCAAAUUGAAAUAUGAUUGAGAACCUGA